UCCACCACCACCAACCGUCCGGAGCAACCCUUCAUAUUGAUGGCGGAUUUUGACGCUCUUUUCCUGGCAAAAUAAAUUUUCUUUUCGAGCCCAAGGUGCUUUCGCAGCAACAAAAGUGGACCCAGGUCGCAGUGCAUGAGAUAGCUGUCGGGUCGCCGGCGUCUACCACGAGUUGACGUGCAUUUUGUUUCAGAUCUUUCCAGUGUUGCUCUGCGAUUUUCUCAGCCAUGAGACGGCGCAGCGAGCGAAAAAAGUCGUCGUCGCCCGCCCCGGUGCCGGCACGGCGUAGUCGCCGCUCCCGCAAGGUGUCCGAGAGCGAGAAGACCGAGGACGAGGCUCUUGUCCAAAAGGAGGUCGACACGCCGGAGCCGCCAUCUGCCACCGCCUCUCGCGAAGAAAUCAAUGAGCCUCGCGCGUCGAGCGAGGAGCCCGUCGGCUCACCGGUGCGCAAGGGCCGCGGCAGCCGCGCUACGCCCAAGAAACGGACGGAGGCCAAGAGCGGCGAGAAGAAGGUGGAAACCAUACCUGAGGAGGAAGCCGAGAAUGGCCAGGAUGUGGGUAGCAAUAACGCUGGAAAGGAAAAGGAGGCGGACAGCAAAGACAGCAGGCCGGAAGCCGAAGCUAUUACCGUAUCGGCCACUAAUGAAGCCGCCAACAACGAGCAGGAGGCCCCUGUAGAGGAAGCCAAGCCCGAGCCAAUAGCAGCCGAGGAUAAGGAAGAUGGCAAGGAGGAAGAAGGCCAGCCACAGAAGGAUGCUGCCGAUGAGGAUGAUGAGAACUGCAAGGUCGAGCAGAUUGAAGAGGUAAAAGUUCCUUCUCCUUCAGGUAGCCUAACGGCCAGUAAGGAUGAGGAACAACUAAAAACGUCAAGCGAUGUAUUAGACAUUCAGAUAGAAGACGUCGAAGAAAGGGACGAAGAAGCCCCGGCCAGCUGCCCAGCUGGCUCUCAGCGAUCGGAGCGUAGGGAUUCGAAGAAGAAACACAAGGAUCAAAAGCCGGAGCGCGAGAGAAGCCCUGCCAAAGAGCAUGAUGAGGAAGAUGGAGAGGAGGAGGAGCAAAAGGAGAACCGGAAGCAGCCAGAGGAUAAGCCAGAACAAACUCAGAACGAAGACACAGAUCUUCAAAAGGACAACCACGAUUCAUCUGCGAUCAAUAACACCACUAGCAACAGCACCACCACCAUUACCACAACAAGCACAGCUCCGGGAGGGGUGCUUCAGCAGCAGCGCUCGGUGAAGAAGCGCCGAUGGCUGACGAACAAGAAGUCAUCCGAUCGUGCUCCACCAGUGCUGGCUAUUUCGACUGAUUCGCUAAAGAAUAUCAUCGACGAUGUUGUUCAGCCGGUGCCUCUGAGCGACGUGCAAUUAGACUCUUCCUCGGAGGAGGAGGGCCUCGUCACCAGCGACCGCGACUCCGAGCGCUCCGCAUCGCCCACUAGGUCAAAUUCCGAGGCUCGCAAGGAUCGGGAGUGUGACAACGAUAACAACGUUGGCGACACAGGCGCAGAGUCGUCGUCGGCGGCGGACAAGGAGAGUGCAGGAGCAGCCACCGUUCGGACAACUUCCCCGCCAGCUACCGCUGACUCGGUGAAGACGCAGGGCAAGGCCACCGUCGCUACACCAGCUCCUCACGUAGUCCGCUCUCCUAGUCCAGCCCGCAACCGAGCCAGCCACGUGCUCUACAUCACCAAUCUAGUGCGACCCUUCACAGUGCUGCAGUUGAAGGGACUGCUGGCCCGGACAGGCAAGAUUGUCGAUGAGGAUGGUUUUUGGAUAGAUCGCAUUAAAUCCAAGUGCUUCGUUGCCUAUUCCACAGAAGACGAGGCUAUUGAAACUCGCCAUGCUCUUCAUGGAGUGCGAUGGCCUGUGUCUAAUCCAAAGUGCUUGAACGUUGACUUUGGCAGUCGUACGGACAUGGACCGGGCGAUACAAUCAACCAAGGACGAAGCGCCCAGGUAUGGACAGGAGAACACCAGGGAUAAUCAGCAGUCGGGCAAUACUUGGUCCCGAUUGGAUGCGACUGACAAAAAGCCUGUGCGCCCAGUACGCGAAUGGGAUGUGGGUAAGAAGGAGCCGACCGACCACGAUAACAAGGCCAAUAACGAUCGUCGUCGAGGCGGUAGCAAGGAUCGUCCGGAACCAAGAUCUCGGGACGCGGAACGUGCCGGACAGGAUCGCAAACGCUCUAGGGACAGGGAGGUGCGUGCAGGUCGCGAGCGAGAGCGAAUUGUUGGAGGCGAUCGCAAUGUACCUGGUCGCAGCCGCAGCGGAUCACCGGUGGCCAAAAAUAAAAAGAAGGACAAUGAGCCGCCCAUUAGGCUAUUGGAUGAUCUAUUCCGCAAGACUAAAGGAACACCCUGCAUCUAUUGGCUGCCACUGACGCCGGAAGCGAUUGCAGAAAAGGAGGCAUUCCGUCAGAAACGCAUCGAGGAGCACAAGCAGCGCAUGAAGGAGCGGGAGGAUCGGCAGAAGGAGCGUGGGAAGGAUCGCGAGCGUCAACGCGAUACGCGCCGCAAUCGUUCAAACGAACGGCGACGUUCGCGCAGUCGCGAUCGCGAUCGUCGACGUUACUAGGCUGAGGCUGAGGCGGAGGCAGUGGCUUGAGUUUGGGCUAAUAAACGUUGAAAAUAUAACUCUCAAAAAUCGAACAUCAGCAAUCCAACAACAACAGCAGUAACAAUUAAACUCCUUUAGGAUCCUCCAAAACUUUUCAAUCUCUUCGAGCGUUAUUGCGUUCUCAAAACUUAACGACGUUGUAAUGUUCAACUUGAAGUGAACGAACGAACGCACUUCAAUUUGAAUAUUUCCGAAUACGUUGUUUGAUCCAUUUGGAAUUUCUUUUAGACUUCAAAAACUUUUUCCUCCUUUGUUUUUCCUCUUUGUUGUUGAUCCAUAUAUAUAUAGCACAUAUAUAUUUCCACAUAUAUACAUAUAUAUAUAACCUGAUUUGAUUUCUUUCCUCAAAUGUAGCAUUUUACAGCGCCUAACGUCACCUCACCCCCAAAAACAACAACAACAACCACAGCCAACUCUGCGACGGCAGCAGCACCACCAGCAGCCCAUGGAAUUCGGCCUUUGCGGCGGAAUGUAGAAGCUCCCUUUGCAGCAAGUUAUCAUGCUUACAUCUACAUAUAAUAUACUAAACGGAAAAUAAUUGAUUAAUUAAAUGUAAAAUCAAUAUUUCAUACAAAUUUUAAUGAACUUUUGAAAUACAAUUUAACAGUCGGCAAACUUGUGACCAUGCCAGAAAA